AUGAGACAACGACGAUGGGUGGAGCUACUGAACGACUACGAUUAUGAGAUUCUUUAUCACCCUGGUUCCGAACAACGAAUCCUCAUCUAUUCUCCGCUCGACUUCAAUCAGGGAGAUAUUCAAAAAAACAUUGAAUGCAGAACAACCAUUCGGAGAAUGCUUGACACACAACAAUUGGACCUUCUAAUCAUUUCGAUCAAGAAGCAAGUAAACCAUGUGAUAAGGUUCAGUGACGUCUUGCACAAAAUAGUGAAGAAACUCGUAAAAGCCAUUUGCGGAAAAAGGCCUAUAUGUUUGGUAGAAGUUAGUUGGAAUGGUGCAAGUACCAGGAAGGACUCACAGGGACUGUUAUGGAAUCUGCAAACAAGGAAAAAAACUUUGCUUACGACACCUGUUAUGUCUCAAUUAGGUUGGAUAUAUAAAUCCUUCCAUUUCACAUUUGGGAGAAAACUCGGUAAAGACACAAUGUUGAUACAAUUAGGAAGCGGGUCAAAGUUUACAAGAUUACAUGAAGUUUGGGUCAAAGUUUACAUGAUUACAUGAAGUUUGGGGAAGAUGUUCAACUGCAAUGAAUUGUAAAUUUUUUUUGUUACUUUUGUUUUUGUUUAUUUUUUAUAUAUAUUUAAUGUCUAUGUGGUUCGACAUUUAAACAUAUUUGGCAUUGAUGUAAACCAGUGAAAUUUUUAUUAUUUUCUAUGGAUU